AUGUGGUUCAAGUUGUGGGGCAGUCUUGCUAUGCUUCUGGCCGGUCCGGUGGCCGCUGUGAGCCAAAUAUCCGACGACGAGAUGGGCUCGCUGCUGGACGCCGGCAGCGUGGACCUCGCCGACCGAUACGCACCGGUGUGGUUCUUUGGCCAGGCCCGGGACCAGCCACCAUGCUAUCCUACCUGGGCGUUUGGCGGGUCGCCCAGUUCGCCAGACGUGUACGACAACGACCACAAGACGCCGGCAGCGGCUCAGUGUGACUACCCGGAUGUCGGGUGCAAGUGUCGCAACCCGGAUGUCGAUACUGGGAACCCGGGCCCGGCGUUUCCUGUGUACUACACGUACUCGCGCUGCAACGACAGCGACGUGCGCGUGGUGUACAACCUUUUCUAUGAGAAGGACGGCGCCGAGUUCGUUGGCAUCGAUACGGGUCAUGACUACGACUGGGAGCGUGUUAUCAUUGUCCACUCGCGUGGUGACGACGACAAGUGGGAGCCUACAACCAUUCUGCUCUCGGCCCAUAGUGGCUACACCCGGCUCGCCUGGAGUGAUGUUCAAAACACCCUAACCACUGACCAGGUCCAUGCCGGCGACGUCAAAGAUCCCAAUGGUGUAAAGAACGAAGACCACCCCAAGGUGUAUGUUUCCUGGUCGAAACAUGCCAACUUCAACAAGCGCAGUACUGCCUUCACCGAUCCCGCCAGCCAGUCGCUGAACGACGCCUUCCGCAGUCAGGACUGGUGGUACUUUGUGGACCCGCAGUACUACAUUCGUGCCGACGAUAGCACCGACGCCGGCAAGGCAAUCGGCGACGCAAAUUGGGGCAGCGCCGAUAGCAACCCGCCUAAGGUGCAAUCGACAGUGUGCGAUGCGACGUAG